UGCAGGAAGAGCUUCCUCAAAUCCUUCUCCUGGAUUAACGCUGAGCUCCGAGCCGCCGGUGGACGGACCGUCGGUCGAGUCUGUGCCCGCCGGUCUGUGACGCUGCUGCGCCGGGUUAUCGACGGGAUGGCCAGCUAGCUGCUAGCUACCGACCCGGUUAGCUCACGGAGCCGGAGGCAGGAGCUCAUCUCGGGCUGUUUCCCUGCAGAACCGUCGCUGAUCGACCCGCUCUCGGAUGGAACCGGGUGAUGCGGACUGAAGGGCCGUGUUUCCUCCGAGCUUAGCCGCGCAGCAGCAGCUUGGUGCCGCCGGGCGAAGCGGAGUGUUCCGGGGGAGGAUGGCGUUCCACGGCGCCGGCCGCCAGGACCUGUUCCCGGGCUCCGAGCUGGGCCACAAGUACUUCUGCGUGAACUCGUCCUGCGGAGCCCCGGGCUCCACGGGCCUCAGCGGCCCCUCGGCCCCGGCCGGGACCCCCAGGCACCCCACGGCCCUGGGGGGCAGCGCCGGCGGAGGAGCGGCGGUGCCUCAGCCCUACAGCAACCCGGCCAGCGAGGUGCCCAGCCCGGCAGAGAUGGAGCCCGACCGACCCAUCGGAUAUGGAGCCUUCGGUGUCGUGUGGUCGGUGACUGAUCCACGUGACGGGCGCAAAGUGGCUCUGAAGAAGAUGCCCAACGUCUUCCAGAACCUGGUCUCCUGUAAGAGGGUCUUCAGGGAGCUGCGCAUGCUGUGCUUCUUCAAACACGACAACGUUCUGUCCGCUCUGGAUAUUCUGCAGCCUCCGCAGAUCGACUGCUUCGAGGAAAUCUACGUGAUCACAGAGCUGAUGCAGAGCGACCUCCACAAAGUCAUCGUGUCUCCUCAGCCUCUCACCACCGACCACAUCAAGGUCUUCCUCUACCAGAUCCUCCGAGGUUUGAAGUAUCUGCACUCGGCUGGGAUCCUGCACAGGGACAUCAAACCUGGCAACCUGCUGGUCAACAGCAACUGUCUGCUCAAGAUCUGUGACUUCGGGUUAGCCCGCGUGGAGGAGCCCGACCCGUCCCGUCACAUGACGCAGGAGGUGGUGACUCAGUACUACCGAGCGCCCGAGGUGCUGAUGGGCUGCCGGCACUACGGCUCGGCCAUCGACGUCUGGUCGGUCGGAUGCAUCUUCGCCGAGCUGCUGGGCCGACGCAUCCUCUUCCAGGCCCAGAGCCCGAUCCAGCAGCUGGACCUGAUCACCGACCUGCUGGGCACCCCCCCCCUGUCGGCCCUGGCCUCAGCCUGUGAAGGAGCCAGAGCCCACAUCCUGAGGGGGCCGCACAAACCGCCGUCGCUCUCCGUGCUCUACAUGCUGUCGGACGGCGCCACGCACGAGGCCGUGCACCUGCUCUGCCGCAUGCUGGUCUUUGAUCCGGCUAAAAGGAUUUCCGGCAGCGACGCCCUCUCGCACCCGUACCUGGACGAAGGGCGUCUGCGUUACCACACCUGCAUGUGUCAGUGCUGCUACUCGGUUCCCAGCGGACGAGUCUACACACGAGACUUUGAGCCGGUCGCCGAGCGGCCGUUCAGCCACAGCUACGAGAACAGUCUGCUGUCCGUGUGGCAGGGGAAAGAGUUAAUCCACCGCUUCAUCACGGAGCACCAGCAGGGCAAACGUGUGCCGCUGUGCAUCAACCCUCAGAGCGCCGCCUUCAAGACCUUCAUCAGGUCGACGGCGUGGCACUCGUCCAAGGUGUCCAGGAAGGAGGAGAGAUGAGCGCCGCUCUUCUUCGGCUUCGGAGGCGGCGCCGGCAGUUUGAGAAAAGAUUCCAUUCCCCCCCCCGCCCCUCUUUAAAACAAAUAUUUGUUAAUCUGCCGAGAUGUGGAGGAGAAAACGGCCGAACCACCUCCUGAAAAUCCUCCAUAAUGUUUUCCCUGAAUUUGAAAACGAGUGUUGAACUCACCGUGUUUCCGGUGCUGGAGAAGAAAAAUGGAUUUUUUUAAAAAGUGCUGCUGGAAAGUUCCGGAGGAAGAAGAAAGAGGAAGAGAACUGAACCUCGGUACCGCUCGUUAAGGAAUAAUUAUUUGAAUUGUUUGGUAGAAUUGUUGCUUAGUUGAUCUUUUGUUUUUUAGUUUUUUUUGAAGUCAUUCCAGCGCCGUGCAGGUCAGUGUAAAGACCACGCAGGAAGCCGACUCAUGGGGAGGACACUGCACCUGAACACAUCACUCACUGUGUGUCGUUCCCCCCCCCCCCGGCGCCGGCGUGCACGCGCACAGCGGCAACGAUGCAACUUAACGGAUGUAGCAGGUUCCAACCACAGCUCCAGAUUCUUCUCAUCGUUUUCCUCACGGCGACUUUUGGUCCUGAAUCAGUGUUUUUAUUAGACACAUUCAGCAGAGAGAGAUAAGAGUGUGUUGGUGUCUCUCACACAAACACACAAACACACAGACACACACACACACACACACGCACGUGUAGGAAACAGGAAUUCAUUCCACAGUUUUUUAACAAGCAAGCUUUUAUUUCGCAAUUUGUGUUUUAAUUCUCUCAAACUGUGUUUUGCCAAAAACGUCAAAUGUUUGGCUUUAUUUUCUUCUGGUCAUGGAUGAUGGAAUCACGUGACCUCCCCCCCACGUGUCACGUUUCCUGCUGACCACCAGCGGAGAGGAGGAGGAAGUGACAGCGGCGAUGAUUUAUCUUUUUGUGUAAAUUUCUUAAUUUAUUGCGUGUCUGUUGAAGAGUGUGAGUCUCCACCCGGUCGCCCUGGGUUACCUCAAACUCUGGAGGACCACAAACUGAAGGCUGA